CGCAUGCGCGGUGCCGCGCUGCCCGGCGCGGAGAGCCAUGGCGGCUUCGCUUAGCGGCAUGUUCGCCAACCAGCCGCCUGGGCCACCGCCGCCAGCGGGGCCUCCCGGCGGGCCCGGCCCGGCCGGCCUCAUCCCGCCUGCGGCGGGGCCGCGCAAUCCCAACAACACGCUUGUGGACGAGCUGGAAGCGUCCUUCGAGGCCUGCUUUGCCUCGUUGGUGAGCCAGGACUACGUGAACGGCACGGACCAGGAGGAGAUCCGCACCGGUGUUGAUCAGUGCAUCCAGAAGUUCCUGGAUGUGGCAAGACAAACGGAAUGUUUUUUUCUACAAAAAAGACUGCAGCUAUCAGUUCAGAAACCAGAGCAAGUCAUUAAGGAGGAUGUUUCAGAACUAAGAAACGAAUUGCAGAGAAAAGACGCAUUAAUUCAGAAGCAUUUGAGUAAACUGAGACACUGGCAGCAAGUGCUGGAAGAUAUCAGUGUGCAGCACAAAAAGCCUGCAGAAAUGCCUCAGGGUCCACUGGCGUACCUAGAACAAGCAUCUGCCAAUAUUCCUGCUCCAAUGAAGCAAACGUGAUCUGUGAUUUUACAUACUGGACUAUUUUCAGCAAUGCAAAGCAAGGGUGGUGUUCUUAACUUUGUAUGCUCGUUUGUAUAAUGUUAUUUGUAAUACAAACAAAUAAUUAAGCAAUUUUUUUUUUUUGGUGCAAAAAUGUGGUUUGGUUUUAUAUGCAAAGCUCUUACUCAUGAUGCUUUCUGGUAGAAGUGUGUUUUCCAGAACUCAGCCUUUUCUUUCUAGAAAAAAAAUUGUGUCAAUUAAAUUAUUUGGUCCUAGCUCUCCCCUAACAAUAUCUUUGCUGGUAUGAUGAAAAUUUUAAGUUGUCAUUGUCCCUCUUGACUGGACUUCAGCUCACCUUGUGAAGGCGUCUCAGGAUAUAUAAACUGGAUUCUUAGAGGAUGAAGUGAAACUGCAGUCCCUGAGAGGGCAUGUAAUGCAGGCCUAAUCUUACAUAAAGAUGGUCCAAAAUAGUUACUCCCAAAAUAAAGACCUAUCACUGCAGAUGCUUGGUUAUCAGCACUGUCCAGUCUACAGAAUUAGGUACUACUGGGGUACAGUAUUUCAUAACCUUAAUGUAUCAAAUUGGAGGUAGAGACAGCAAAGGCGCCCUCUCUCUUUGUUAAUAGGCAGCAGAGUGCUAAAAAGCAGAGACUCAGUUGGAGGCAUUGCCUCUUAGGUAGCUGAGCCCUGCUGGUUAAAAUGAAACGGGGACUCGAAUUAUACAGCAUCUAAAGGUCAUGAAGAUAAUCCUAUCAGAAACAUGAGGCUGCUGGCUGCACAGUUCCCUGCCUUUCACAUUUGAUAAAGAAUUGGUGUCCUUCCUCCCAGUACCAGUUAGCAUGAUUUCACAACUGUAGUUACUCACCCACUUGCAUCAGGGUGGGCAUGAGAACAAUCCUGAAGUAGAAUGUACAAGCAUGCAGGUCCCAUGAUCUGGGUCUGAGUGUGUCAGUCUGACACCAGCAUAACAUAGCACUCUUGCAAAAAAGAAACAGACAAUCUACAAGCAAGUUUUAAUGGUCAUACUUACAUAUUGUCCUGAUUUUAUCAAGCUGAUGCAUAUAUUCAAGGGCAACAAGAAUAUUGCAAUGCUGACUAUACAAAGCAGUUAUAUUAAACAAACCAGAAUAUUUCUGCUUCAGCCUGCUAUAGACAUGCUAUUCUCAGGGUUAUGCUGCAUGCUGUAGAGCUUAAAAUCAGCUUAACAAAAACGUAUUAAAAACUUUUAAUUAAAUUACAUUGUUAUAUGCAGAUAGUAUUUUAAACAUCUGAUGCAGCAAAUACAUAAUAACCUACAGAAAUCACAGAGUUAAGAUAUUUUUUCAUCUAGAGCCAGAUUGACAGGAUGCAUUGGAGACCAAAUUGUACGUUCAUUGUAGUUGUGGAGCAUCUUUAUUAAAGUCUUCUCACAUAGCAGUACCCAAAA